AUGGGUGGCUCCUGGUCCAAAUACACGGCCCCGGCUGAGAUCGAAACGCAAUGGUUCCACGACUUUGAGAAGGAUCUCCCAUCCCUGGAAGGCAAGGUCGUCUGUGUGACGGGCUGCACGACUGGAACUGGCUUCAUUGCUGCCAGGACAGCUGCCAAGAAAGGAGCCCAUGUGGUCAUGCUGAAUCGCCAGAGCGCGCGAUCUGAGGCAGCGGAGAAGUCCCUCUUGGAAGUGGCACCAGGCAGCAACGUCACUUCCGUGGCUUGCGACCUUCAAAGCUUCGACAGUGUGAAAGAGGCAGCUUCCAAGCUGAAGUCGAUGUUUGCGGACAAAGGCAUUGACGUUCUGUGCAACAAUGCCGGCGUCAUGGCAUUGGCAGACGAGGCCACGAAGGACGGCUACGACGUGCAGAUGCAGACCAACCAUUUGUCGCACUUCCUCCUGACCAAGGAGCUCUAUCCACUACUCGAGAAGGCUGCGCAGCAGCGGGGCGAUGCGCGGAUCGUGAAUCACUCCUCAGGCGCGCGGAAGUUUCCGAGCAAAGACCUGGAUGCAGACUACUUGGGGAAGAACGGCGGCAGCCUGGGUGGCAACGGCAACUCAAUGUUCUUCGGCGGUGCACGCUGGCAGAGGUAUCAUCAGACAAAGCUGGCCAAUGCGGUCUUCACCCUAGCCUUGGAUGAGAGGCUCCGUGCAAAGAGCUCCAAGGUGAAGGCCCUUUGUGCUGCGCCGGGCCUGGCUGCGACGAAUCUGCAGGUCACGACGAAUCAGGCGGAUGGAUUCAACGACACCUGGAUGAUGCGCUUCGCGCAGUCUGGGGAAGAUGGGACCAUGCCGCUUCUCCAGUGCUGUGUUGGAGAAGGCGUGCAGUCUGGUGAGUUCUACGAGCCGGAUGGCAUGGCAGCCAUGAAAGGCAAGCCGGCCAAGAUUGACUUGGAGCCCAUCUGCACAAAGCCGGAGUCCAGAAACAUCCUGUGGCAGGAAAGCGAGAAGGCAUGCGGUGCCUUCAACAUCGAGUGA